GAUAAACCAAAGGGUCAGAGACCAGCGAGCCACACAGUAGACUGAAACCUGCGUACUAGACAGCUGACAUGAGAGCACUGCUGCUCCCAGCAAUCCUGCUGCUGGGGGCAAUUGAUUCAGCCCUACCUGCUGAAGAGUCCUGUGUGGGACGAUGUUUGGAGGGAUUCAAUGCCAAAAUAAAAUGCCAAUGUGAUGACUUAUGUAUUUACUACGGAAGUUGCUGCAGUGACUUCAAUGUGGUUUGCGUGAAAAAAGAGACCCGAGGAGAUGUGUUUACCUUCCCUGAAGAUGAAUUUGACAAUUUUAAUGACACCACAGACCCAAAUCCCCUGACCCAAGAAACAACGCCAGUAGAUAAACCUGGGGAAGCGGAAACCGUGACCGAGAGGCCAACAAAAGGGACAACGACGGUGGAUCCUGUAACUGAUGACAUCCCUGAGGAGCUGUGCAGUGGCAAACCAUUUGAUGCCUUUACAAACUUAAAAAAUGGCUCUAUUUAUGCUUUCCGAGGUGAAUACUUUUAUGAACUUGAUGAUAAGAAAGCACUUGAUGGCUACCCAAAGCGAAUCAAAGAUGUGUGGGGCAUAGAAGGUCCAAUAGAUGCUGCCAUCACUCGCAUGAACUGCGAAGGAAAGACCUACAUUUUUAAGGGUACUCAGUAUUGGCGAUUUUCAGAUGGCGUUUUGGACUCGGACUAUCCUCGGGACAUUGAUGUCGGAUUUAAGAACAUACCAAAUGAUAUAGAUGCUGCUUUUGCCUUGCCUGCCAAUAACUACCAAGGCAAGGAGAGAGCAUAUUUCUUUAAAGGCAGACAAUACUGGCAGUAUGAAUUCACUCAGCAACCCACCAGAGAGGAGUGUCUUGGCUCACCCCCAUCAGAGAUAUUUACACGAUAUGCAGCAAUGCAAGAUGACAGCUGGGAAGAUAUAUUCAGCCUACUGUUUGGGAAAUUGUUCACAGGAAACAGUGCAGAACCUAAAUCUAUAUCCAGGGACUGGAGAGGAGUGCCUUAUGGAGUGAAUGCUGUACUGCCAAGCAGGAUUUAUAUACCCCAGCAGAAACAACCUGCAUUGCGCCGGAGCAAGAGGAGAAAGAGCAGCCGCAGGAAGAACCGUAGGAGGAGACCAUCAAAACCAUCAUAUUAUGACUUCAGUGACUUAUAUGACUUUGAUGAUUAUGAAGAUGAUCCUGACUGGCUUCCCCCUGAAAGUCAACCCACCUGCCAACCCGUUCAGAGUGUUUUCUUCUUUAAAGAUGAUAAAUAUUAUCGUGUCAACCUCCAGACAAAGCGGGUGGACUACACCUAUCCUCCUUAUCCUCGCUCAAUUGCUGAAUACUGGCUGGGCUGUAAGAAGACUUCCAAACAAAAAAAGUCAAGGAGUUAAUUUUUAUUCUCGAUUAAGUCUAGACGUAAAACCCGCUAAGGGUGUGCAGCAUGCAUUUCUGUAUCAUCUGAGUAAUAAUGUUAAAAAAAACAAUAUAAUAAUAACAAUUUUAUUCUUUCAAUACACAAUAAAUAUAUCUUGUUCAUGUAACUUAAAUGUACUCAUGCCUUUAUUUAUUAAAAAGUAUCUUACUGA